UGUAUGAGAGCAGAAAAUCAACCGUUUUCCUGCGAAACUGUGCUUCCGCGGCUAAACGCUCCGCUCCAUUCCCUCUACUAAUCCUCUCAAUCCGUCCGCUCCACUGGCGUGAAUCGCAUCCUCUAACACAACCCGACCCUGGCCUUCAUCACGUGCGACCAAGCCAAUAGCAAUAACCGCAGCAAGGCCUGCUAUCUAACCCUCGAGUGCGGCAUCCGCCCGCGCCAUGAAAACCGCGACCGCCGGCGACGACUCGGAAGAGGCGCUCGCGCGCGAGGUCGCCGAGUUAGAGCGCCGGCUGCGGCGGGCGAGGGAGAAGCUCGCGCGGUCGCGGGCGGGCGCGGGCGCGCCGCCCGCCGCCCCGCCGCCGUCGCUCGCCACGCAGGCGCCGCACCACUACCUGCUCCUGCUGUCGGACUCGGCGCUGCCGCUGGGGUCGUUCGCGUUCAGCGCGGGGCUGGAGUCGUACGCGGCGCACGCGCGGGGGCGGUCGCGGGCGCGAGGGGUCGGCGCGCCCGCCGGCCCCGCGCUCUUCGCCUUCUUCCUGCCGGUGUCGGCGGCGAGCUGCGCGGGCGCGGCGCUGCCGUUCGUGCUGGCGGCGCACCGGGACCCGUCGAGCGGCAGCGUGGCGGCGCUGGACGACGCGCUGGACGCGGCGGUGCCGUGCGCGGUCGCGCGGCGGGCGUCGGUCGCGCAGGGCCGCGCGCUGCUCGCCGUGUGGGAGCGCUCGCUCGCCGCGCCCGCCGGCGCCGAGGACGCGCUGCGGCCCUACGCCGAGCUGCUGCGCGCCCCGCUACCGCCAUCCCCCGCCGGCGCCGACGACGACGGCGACGACGACGGUGAGCCCCCGCCCCCGCCCCCCGUCGCCGCCCACUUCGCCCCCCUCUUCGGCGCCGUCGCCGCCCGCUGCGGCCUCUCCGCCCGCCAGGCCGCCUACGUCUUCCUCCUCGGCCACGCCAAGGCCCUCGCCUCCGCCGCCGUCCGCGCCGGCCUCCUCGGCCCCUACCACGCCCACCGCGCCCUCGCCGCCGAGCCCACCCGCGCCUGCCUCGCUGCCGCCGUCGACGCCGCCUGGGACGUCCCCAUCGAGCGCGCCGGCCAGUCCGCCCCCGCCGUCGACCUGUGGGUCGGCCGCCACGAGCUGCUGUACUCGCGCAUCUUUAACAGCUGAGGGUAGGGAGAGGGGAGGACGGGAGGAAUUUGUGGUUGGGUUGGGGAUAAGUUGGAUGGAUGGCAGUGUGAUUUGCUUGCUUGGGUCAGAAUAUUAUGGCCCGGGAUUGGUACAUGCGCGGGAGCAGAGUAGUUGGUUGCGGUUCAUCGUCGAGGAAACAAAUUAGUCUUUGUCCAAUUUGGGCGCCCUGAGCAAAUGGUAUCUAUGGAGGUCAAACGAUGCUUUCUAUAUACAGAUCUUUA